CUUAGGAUUAGCAUCCAACACAAACACAAUGUCUGCUGCUGGAGACGAUUUAGAAGACGGUCUUGAAUACCUCGUUGACUCCGAUGUCGAUGAAGGUGUGGCUCUCCUGGGGGAGCCAACCUCCGACAACGAAGAAGGGUUCUCCAUCGAUAAGGAAUCCAAGGCCAAAAAGAGAAAGAGAGACGAAGACGGCAAGUUACUGAACAAGAAGAAGAUGAAAAUGGAAUACGAUGUGCAGCAGAAGCAAAAUUUGUCCAAGGAAUCUACCGAACAGAUCGCCGAUUUCGUCAACAACAAGCUUAGAAGGAUGAACCCUGACUUGUCUGCCUUGGAGUUGGACGAAUUGUACUUUAACAAAUCCUGUUUCAGAAGCACCGCCGAUUGGGACCAGGAAAGAAACUUGGAGGGCGUGGAAAAGUUCAUCUUGAAGCACUUCAGCAACAUGUUGCCAGAGGGUGUGGCCGGUAAGAAGGCCAAACUGAAGAGUAAGAAGAAGCCGCUGCCAGCUGCUGUUGUUGCUCAGGAGAGAAAGUUCAUCACCAUCUUGUCCAUGUCGGCCAUCCGUGCCUGCGACGUGCACCGAGCCACCAAAUCCAUUGCUGGGUCCUCGGUGAAGCUUAUCAACAAGAACAAGAUCCAGGAGGACUUGAAAAUCUUGCCAACCACCAGGUCCAGAGUCUUUGCCGCAACCCCAACCAGAUUAGUCAAGGUUUUAGAUGCCGAAGAUUCCCCUUUGAAGGCUGAGGAAUUAAAAAUUAUCAUCGUCGAUAGCACCUACUUGGACACGAAGAAACAACAUGUGUGGGACGUCAAGGAGACAUUGGAGGUGUUGAAGAGAUUGACCAACGCUGGGUCGAAGAUUUACUUGUAUUAAGUAUGGGUUAAUGUGUACACUAGGUCCCUGUGACGUAACGAAACUAUGAAACGGUUAUAGAAAUGACAGGAAGAUGCCAGCCUUUCAAGAGGCUAGGCCUGAGAGAUAUAGUGUCAGAGUCUUAUACAACGAUGACGUUCGUAUCUACAUAGUCAUCUGUACGCUAAAAAUAG